AUGUGCACGGCUGAAGCAACUGCAUCUCUGCUCCAGGUGGAAGAAACCUUCUUGGCAUGCCUGGCACGGAUAGAUGCCCUCAUCCUCAAGCCUUUGCUCCAGGCAGAGCCUAGUGACCAGAAGGGAAAGGAGAACUUUAAGCUCUUCCUCCUCCUGAAUGAUCGAUUUCAAGCUCUCUGGAACCUCACAGAAGAAAAUUACCGGAUACUGAAACAAAAACAUAGCACCUCCGAAUCAUUCUGCGUCCAGGACAUUUACACUGUCUGGAAAGGAGACCUGUUUCUAAGCCUCUACGUCCAAUAUUUUGUCACUUUUGCAAACUACGUUGUAGUCUAUGGCUUCGAACAUGCCACAAAGAGCAAAAGUGAAGCCUGGAAGCACCAUAAGACAGUGCUGAAACAAUUUCUCACAGACUUCACCUCUGAGACCUCCAUGUCACUGGCCUUAUACACUGUUCUUCACAAACCUAUCCGAGAUCAUGUUGAGCAAUAUACACUGCUCCUUACCAAGCUGAAUGAGGCCCUCAAAGAGGACUCUGAAAAGGACACGUUUACCAGUGCCAUCAAGGAAUAUGUGAAGCUUGAGGCUUUCAUCAGCCAAGUCCUGGAUGAAGCUUGUUUUACCAAGUCCUUAUGGAAAUCCUUGGGCUGCAAAUUCACGGACAUGCUCUGUGUACCUGAAAGGAGGUUGCUGGAAGACAGCAAAAAUCUUCCCAUCUCUGCCAGCACGAAUCGAUCAGACCGGAUCUUGCUCUUCGAUGAUGUCCUUGUGCUAAUUCAGGGAAACAGCUUUCAGAGUUUUGAUCUGAAGCUUGUGUGGGUAGAUGAAAACUGCAGGGAGAAAUCAGCUCCAGGACAGUACGGGCUCCGCAUUAUAACCCCGGAAGAAACGUUCGUUCUCUCUGCCAAAGACCCGCAGAUGAAGGCUGUUUGGCAGUGGAAGCUGAACCAGGCUGUCCGCCAGGCACUGAACGGGAAACGAGAUUUCCCAUUGUGGGGCAAGACUGGUGAAGGCACCGAGCCCCCGUCCUGCCGCUUCUUCACCUAUGUCUUCAGGCUGGAGAGCAAGUUCAAGAGUGCAUCCUAUGAAGGCGAGUGGCAGUGGGGAAAGCCGCAUGGCAAGGGGACACUGAAGUGGCGUGACGGACGCAACCAUGUUGGAGAUUUCAAAGAUGGCUUGGAGCAUGGGUUUGGAAUAUGCCUUGUCCCACGGCGAUCCGAAGACCGGUAUGACUGCUAUAAGUGCCACUGGUAUGAGGGCAAGAUGAGAGGAUAUGGAAUCUGUGAGUAUGGGAAUGAUAUGGUCUACAAAGGUUACUUUAAAGACAACGUGCGUCAAGGGUUUGGGAUACUGGAGAACCUCUCAGCUGACCAUCCAUUUAAAUACACAGGACAGUGGGAAAAUGACAAGAAGAAUGGAUAUGGAGUCUGGGAAGACAAAGAUAGAGGGGAGAGAUACAUAGGGACAUGGCUCGAUGAUCACAAACAUGGACAAGGCAUUGUAGUAACCCAGUCGGGUGUCUGCUAUCAAAGAACAUUUCAUGCUGAUAAAAUGGUGGGUUCUGGGAUUCUGCUCUUGGAAGAUGACUCUGUCUACGAAGGGAACUUCACAGAAGAUCUAACAUUUGUUGGAAAGGGAAAGCUGUCCUUUGCCAAUGGCUUCAUUCUGGAGGGAACCUUUACUAACAAGUUGGGCCAAGGCCUUCAGACGCACGGCAUCCUGAACACAUCGAACGAGCAGCUGGAUGACAGGAUAACCAAAGCUCAGCUGGGCCUCGAGGAGUUCCCAGUGGAGAAGAGAUGGAAGGGAAUCUAUGACCAGUUCCUAGAGUUCAUCCAUUCUGGCUGCAAAGAAGAAACAGAGGAGUCUUUUGUGGGGUUCCACAUACAAACGAGCAAGGAGCUGCGGAAAUCUCAGGAGUACCUCUUCUGCCAAAGGGGGACUGAGGAUGUGUCCUGGAAGAUAGAAGAUAUUCUUGAAGAGCUUGUCCAGCACCAGGGGCUGGAGUCACUACAGAGUUAUUUAGAGAAGGCACUGAAGUCUUCUCUGCACCCACUGGGAAAGCUGCUGAAGGCCUUGACGAUAGCUUUUCAGGCAACAUAUUCUGGGAUUGGGGCCAACAGACAUUUGCUGACUAUGGCACAAGAGGAAGUCAAGUACUAUGCAAAGAAAAUAUGGGAGUUUUACCAGGGUUUGCUCCAUCUGGCACUGGAACAGAAAGGCCAACUGCCUGCAAGGUGUGUGGAUGGAGAUACAAGUGACCAGAAGGCAUGCAGUGUAGUCCUGCCGCUGAUCUUGCCCUGCUUCUACCCUGAGCUUUUCAUGCUCUACAUGCUUUAUCAUGAAAGAGAAGAUGACCUGUACUGCCAAGGGAUCGUGGACCUAAGUCUAUUUCCUGACAUCAAGCUGCUAGAGUUUCUGGAUGUGCAGAAACACCUCUGGCCUCUGAAAGAUCUCACCCUGACAACCAACCAGAGGCGGUCCCUUAUCAAAGACAAGUGCUUCCUGUCCGCCACAGAGUGUUUGCAGAAGCUGAUCACCACGGUGGAUCCCCGGGAAAAGCUGGUGAUCCUCCAGAAGACAUAUGAGGAGAUAGAGAGCACAGUGUCCCGAGUGGUAGAGAAGGACUACAAGCUCCCCAUGGAUGACCUGUUGCCUCUACUGAUGUAUGUUGUAUCCCGAGCAAAAAUACAGCACCUGGGAGCUGAAAUCCAUCUGAUCAGAGACUUGAUGGACCCCAACAAUCAAGGAGGACUGUACGACUUUCUGUUAACAGCACUGGAGUCAUGCUACGAACACAUCCAGAGGAUGAGACUCCACCAAAGGGAGAACUGCCACGUCGCUCACAGCUCCUGAGCCCCAGGACUCGAAGGGAGCCUCCUCCCUGCCGCACUUUCUUGACCAAACACUGUUGGAUGAAGAAGCAAUCAAGUCGCUACUGUUCUGGCUGCCUUUAAAAAGGGAAGAACGGUUAUUUAUCAGAUGAGGGCUUGUUGCUGGGUUUUCUCUUAGACUAGCUAUGAUCGUAAAGCACAGAUGUAUGGAUGCUGUGGGCUGAAAGCCUUCAAUACGUAACCUCAGCUUGUGUU